AUGACUGCUGCUCAGCAGGUCGACGGAUCUGACAGCAAGGAUGGUCCUGGUCCAUCAACGCUAAUGCACGCACGACGGACCGUCCUUAUUCAGUACCAAGCACGCAUCCCGCCCCGGUCAAAGGCCUUCGUUUGGCCUUCGCAUUCCAUCUUGCUGCGCAUACAGGACCAGCUCGACUGCGACCUGUUUCAGCAUCCCAUGUUUCAAGCUACUGCGAGGUACCAAACACUCUUUCUCCGCGAGCUGUGCGCGAGGCUCGAUGCUGCGGUUCAGGAGGAAUGCUCUGAACUGCGUCGUCAAGGCGUCGACGAGAUUGAUUACCCAGAGGUGGAUGCAGCCCUGCUCGAGAGGUAUACCCAAGUGAUAGCUAAUGGAUCCUCUGGUGCUUUGGCGAUAUAUGCGGGGUCUGCACCGGAUAUGGAGUUCACGACGCACUAUUGGCCAAUGCCCGCCCGUCCGGGCACGACGGUAGACGACACCAAUCGAGACGAGGGUGACCUGCUGAAAAAUCACUCUCGAGUGACGCUCAGGGAAGAAGGCAGUGCGAUUUCCAAAGGCACUACGGGGUUGCGAACGUGGGAGGCUGGUCUGCGACUUGCUGCGCAUCUGGUCAGCGAUCCAUCAGCGAUCACUUCCCCCGGCACUCGCAUUCUGGAGCUCGGAUCAGGCGCCGGCUUCGUGGGAGCAGUCUGCGCAACCCAUCAGCUCUCUUGUUCGCACAACGAUGUUCACACCGUCAUGACGGAUAUGCCUGGUCAGGUUUCGACGCGCCUACGCGAGACUUUACAAUUGAACGGCCUUGGCUCGGCUACCGAAACCGUCGAGGUCCGCGAGCUCGACUGGCUCGAAUUGGCUGCCGAACGUCAACAGAGUCAGCAGCGGGACGAUCUACCGACCAUCCAUUUUCUCGCACAAGCCAAGCCGACGCUGGUCCUCGCCGCUGAUGUGGUGUAUGAUCCCGAACUAAUUGAUCCUCUAGUCGAGACGAUCCAAGCCUGUCUAGCAGCGGGAGGAGGUGCGUGUCGAGCCCUGGUGGCAAGUACAAUUCGCAACGCGCAGACCUAUGACGCUUUCAAAGCCUCCCUCGCCUCGUUUGGGCUCAAGACGAGCGUAGUCACGUUGCAACAGCCAGUCAUGUCGGUGCCCGAUGCGAUAUGGGCGCCCGAUCUUCCACCAUUGCCGGUGUUUCCCUCAGCGCAUGAUCCGCAUCUCAAUGGAAGAGUGGAACUCCUCUGUAUCACUUUGCAUUAG